AUGGAAACCCUUUUUCAUAAUUUACCUCCUUCUGAAGACCAAGUUUAUUAUUCGAUCUACUUUCCUUUUCCUUCCAUUUCUGAUCAUGAAUCUUUUCUUCAAGAAACCAGUGCGCUCAUUAUUUCAGAAUUAAGCCAUUAUUUAAACGGAUAUAUCUGGCAAAAGGAUUCAUUUCAAUUAAAGAUCAUAAAAAGUGAAUCUGAUCCUGGUUAUCCUUUCUUGCAUGGGAAAACUAGGUUUGGAGAUUGUAUCGAUGAUGAAUGGUUUAUCGUAUUUUUGUUACGGCAAAUAUCAUUAAAAUUUAAGGAUGCAGUUAUCAGUGUUUCUGAUUAUGAUGGAGAAUUCUUGUUGAUUGAAGCUGCCAAACAACUUCCGUCUUGGCUGGAUCCCAGUAAUAGUCAAAAUAGGAAUGAAUUGCACAUCAUUCCAUUGCCACGAACUCCUGCCGAAAUGUUGAGUAUACCUACCGGAAAAUUGUCAAUCGAAAAGGCAGUGGAAAUGAUACGAAAUGAUAACGUCAAUACAAAAGCCGAUAUUAAUGUUCAACUGGUUGCUUUUGGAAAGUCGGACGAGUUUCCGCAAAAGAUUCAACAAAAUAUUCACCAUGCAAGAUGUCAUAUUCCAAGAAAAAUAGCCCAUGUGUUACAUCAGAAUCCUCAGCUUUUAGCUUCAGCCGUGGAGGCAUUCUACACUCGAGAUCCUAUCGCGUUAAAAGCAUGCCAAAGGAUGGAAAAUUUUCCUCCAUCUACAUCAAUAACUGUUUCUGUGAAAUUUACAAAAACCUUAUAUGCUCAAAUGUUAAGUCAACGGUUUUAUCCACCCAAACCUUUUAAAUUACCCGCUGGUACCUCUGAAAAAUACAAAUCUGCCGAACUAGGGAUGAAAGUGGCAUGUGGAUUUGAAAUUUUAUGUACAGAUAAAUAUUAUACAAAGUUAGCGACGAGAUCAUCCGAUAUGAUUGCUGAGACGUAUCCAUUUAAUGAGGAUCCGGAUUGGAAAUUAUUUCGUGAUAAGCUUGUGAAACGAAAUUAUUAUCGUGGAGAAGUUGAAGGAUCUAAAAAAUAUAAACAACUCGAUCAGAUUGCCAAACAACAAUAUAUAGAAACUUUAGAUGAUGAAACUAAAUAUAAGACAACUCCGUUUGAACAAAUUAAUCAGUUGUUAAGAAGCCCUAUGAUUCCUGAUGAGGUUUUAACUGCAAUCACAAUUGAAGAUGAUGAUUCAUGGAUGAAUAUCGAUCCUAAGCAACUGGAAGAAUUACUUAAUGAACGAGAGAGGGGCUAUGCAGAGAUUAAUAAAGAAACAAAAGAAUUUAUGGACGGGCAAAAAAACUCAGUCGACUUGACAAAUAUGAUUGACGCAUUUGAAAAAUUUGUUGAUUUCGAAGGAGCUGGAUUUGAAGGAGCAGAAUUCUUAGAGUAUGAGAACAACGAAGUCCAUUUAGAUCCAACAAAAUUUCUGAAUAUUAUGAGACAGACUUUGGGUAUUUCUGAAGAAGAAUACAGAAAACUAACAAAUGAAAAAGUAAAGCAAGAACAUCAAGAAGCAGCAGAAACCGAUAAAGUACCAGUUAUUAUACAAGAAAAUCAAUCAGACACACAUACUGCGCCUAUAUCAAAUGAAGAAAUGGAUAUAGAUAUGAAUACAUAUAUGCAAGCAAUGGAAGCUGAACUUUCUACUUCAAAAAUUCCUGAAUCAUUCGUACAUUCAUCAAAUGAAGAUGAAGGUAGUGUUUCGUUAUCUAAAAAAGGUGAUGAAGAAUCAAAUGAGGAAUUUUAUAAACCUGUUGAUGUGGAUUUGAACCUUGUAAAGAAUUUAUUAGAAAGUUUCAAAUCUCAAGAAGGGUUACCUGGACCUUUUGGUAAUAUAAUUAAUAGAUUGGGAAAUGUAUUACCGAAGGAUGAAGAUGAUGACAAUAUUAGCGAGCAGUAG